AAGGCACACAAGUCACAACUUCACCUCGCUGCGUGAUUUUCUGUUGUGUGAGAAUAUCUCCUAGUGUCUUCCUUCAUCAUCCGCUUCCAAUUUCCCUUCCUCCGAUGCCAAUUCCAAAUCUUUCAUUUCUCCAUCUCUAUUAGCUUCCAAUUUUCUCAAUCCCCAUUUCACUUCCUCCAUGACCUUAUAUAUUUAGCUCUUUUCUCCUCUUUUCCUUUCAUUUCCCGCUAAAUACUACUUUCACCCAUGGCCGCCGCUGCUCUCAGGUCCAGGUCCUCCAAGGAAGUUGCCAGUUUAACUCUUUCUCGUUGUAGACACUGUGUUUCCAAUUAUAUUCACUCUGCUAGCAAUCCCAUUUCCCACUGCGCGCGUCGUAACAAAUCGAAUGACCUCUAUCUCAGCUCACCCUUCCACUUGGUCUCUUUCAAGUCGGUUUCACUUAGAGGCGACUUUCUCCACCACGGGACUCAACCUUUCGAUCAUCGGAGGGCUUAUCCGAAUUCCAACAAGAACCUGAAUGAGAGGUUGAGCAGGGGCGGUUGUUUUAUGAGCACUUAUGGGGACCCGCCUGAGGUGUGGUCUGGAGAUGGGAUUGUGAUUCGUGGGAGUAAUUCAAGCUUGAACGGUCAUGGAGGCGGCGGUGGUGGAAGCGCCAACUCUGGUUCUGGUGGUGGUGGGUUUGGCGCGAACUCGAAUGAUGGGUGUUGGGGUGGUUCCAGUUUGGGUCCUAAUUUUCCAACCCCCAAGGAAAUCUCCAAGGGGCUUGAUAAGUUUGUAAUUGGUCAGGAGAGAGCUAAAAAGGUGCUCUCUGUGGGUGUUUACAAUCACUACAAGCGUAUCUAUCAUGAAUCGUUGCAAAGGCCUACAGGAGAUACGGUUAACAACAAAGCUGAUGCUGUUGAUGAUGAUAAAGUGGAACUUGAGAAAAGUAACAUCCUUCUGAUGGGGCCAACAGGCUCAGGGAAAACACUUCUCGCUAAAACCUUGGCACGCUUUGUUAAUGUUCCAUUUGUUAUUGCAGAUGCAACUACCCUAACACAGGCGGGAUAUGUUGGAGAAGACGUGGAGUCUAUAUUGUACAAACUUCUGAUGGUUGCUGAUUAUAAUGUGGCAGCUGCACAGCAGGGCAUUGUUUACAUAGACGAAGUUGAUAAAAUUACCAAGAAGGCAGAGAGCCUUAACAUUAGCAGAGAUGUGUCAGGAGAGGGCGUGCAGCAGGCAUUAUUAAAAAUGCUAGAAGGAACGAUUGUAAACGUGCCUGAGAAAGGUGCAAGAAAGCAUCCCAGAGGUGAAAAUAUCCAGAUUGAUACUAAGGACAUUCUCUUCAUAUGUGGGGGUGCCUUCAUCGACUUAGAAAAAACUAUCUCAGAAAGGCGACAAGAUUCUUCUUUAGGGUUUGGGGCCCCAGUUCGUGCAAACAUGAGGGCAAGUGGUGUUACAGAUGCCAUUGUUACUUCUUCACUAUUGGAGACUGUUGAAAGUAGUGACCUCAUUGCAUAUGGGUUAAUACCCGAAUUUGUUGGUCGAUUCCCCAUCCUCGUCAGUUUGUCAGCCCUAACAGAAGACCAACUUGUUCAGGUCUUGACAGAGCCAAAAAAUGCGCUAGGAAAGCAGUAUAGAAAGAUGUUCCAGAUGAAUGACGUCAAGCUCCACUUCACAGAAAAUUCCUUGAGAUUAAUUGCAAGAAAGGCAAUGUCUAAGAACACUGGAGCACGGGGUUUGCGAUCAAUAUUGGAGAAUCUAUUGAUGGAUGCUAUGUACGAGAUUCCUGAUGUCAGAACAGGUGAGGAUAUAAUCGAUGCUGUUAUCAUUGAUGAAGAAUCCAUUGGGUCAGACAGCACGGGUUGUGGCGCUAAAAUUCUUUACGGAAAGGGAGCAUUGGAUCGCUAUCUUUCAGGACAAAAGACUACAAGUCAGGGUUCCGAAAAAGAGGCAGAACCCGAAAGUGAAACAGAUCUUCCUUCAGUUGUUGCCAGCAGCAUGUAACCAGCCAUUCCUGAAAGUCCAUGUAUUAUAACUGUAAUGUUGUACAUAUUACUAGUCCACAUUUAUUAAUAGCUCAAAUGGGAAAUUACUGUCAUACAGAUUAUCUGAUUCUCUAAAAAGAAAGUGUUGUGUUUUUCAUUUUCAAAGUC